AUGGCACUGACAGAGGUCAUUGUCGACCUGUUGCUGACCAAGCCCGUUAUUCUUGGCCUGGCAGCAUGCGCUCUGCUCUUCCUUGUCGGACGGGCCUUCGAGCCAACCGUCAACGGCCUUGAGCCUCCAAUGAUCAGGCCCAGCAUCCCUAUAUUCGGUCAUUUCUACAGUAUGCUCAAGGACCAAGAACUAUUCUUCAAACGUCUCGACAAGAAAUAUCACAUGCCCAUCGCAACAGUGCCUAUUCUGAAGUAUAAAAUGUAUGCGAUCACAGAUCCCAUUCUAGUCCAGGCCGCAUAUUGCAACAAGCACCUCUCAUUCACUCCAUUUGCUAUUGCCGGUGCCCAGAAGGUCACGGGCUUCGAUGAUGAGUAUCAUAAAGUUCUCACGUCGACAGACGUCUUACCCGAAUACUUCAAGAGCCUCUAUGAUGGGACUACUGCCCAACACAUCCACCAGCUAAAUGUUACCUCCCUCAAGCAUGUUUCGCAGCAUAUCAACAGCAUUGGAGGAGAUGGCAUGAAAGCUGACAAUACCUACCUCUGGCUGCGUAAUCUCAUGACAGUCGCUACGUGCGAGGCUCUAUUUGGCCCUGAAAAUCCCAUCAGGAGCGAUGAACUUGUCGAAGACGUCUGGACGUUUGAAACAGGUCUGCCUUACCUCUUCUUCCACAUCUUUAACUCCAAGACACUACGUCGCACAAAGGAGGCAAGAAGAAGACUGCAGCUGGCUUUGGGUAAGUGGUGCUCUGGCAUGAAGCAGGACGACGAACAGGUCUCAGCCUACAUCAGAAAUCGGGUCGGUGUUCUUCGAGGAUACGGCGUCGAAGGACAAAAGCUCGGUGAUAUUGAGGUUGGCCUCAUCCAUGUGCCUACAUCAAACUCCAUCCCGACCUUGUUCUGGUUCUUCAUCCAUGUCUUCACGCGGCCUGAUGUGGUCCUCCAAAUGCGCGCUGAAGUCGAGCCCAUUGUGGAACUUGAUUCGAACAAUGUGGCGACCUUCAACUUGGACGACAUCCUCGAAAAAUGCCCGUUGAUGGUCAGCGCCUACCGCGAGGCCAGCCGUAUCUGCAACGGAUUCACCUGUAACCGCAUGGCCCUAGAAGACACGACCAUCCAAGACAGGCAUGGCCGCUCGUACCUCCUCAAGAAAGGCUCCACCGUGAAGAUGCCCGCUGGAGUCAUGCAUUCCUCCAAGGAGAUCUGGGGCGAAGACGCAGCAACAUUCCGAGCCGACAGAUUCCUAGACAAGGGACUGACGAACGAACAAGCCAAGUUGAGACGUGCUGCCCUUACUCCCUUCGGCGGAGGCGCUCACAUGUGUCCUGGGCGGAACUUCGCCACGGCCGAGAUCUACGGCUUCAUGGCUGCGUUGCUCCUAGGCUAUAAUGUGGAACCUGUGGACGGGAACUGGGAUACGUUUAAGCCGCCGCCCAUGGCUUCGUGUCCUCAGUCGACAUCUGUGUGCAAGCCGGAAGACGAGGCUUCGGUCUGUGGUACCCGCCUGACUAGACGAAGUGGAUGGGAGUCAACCCAGUGGAGGUUUAUAUCUGGAAAAGUGACGGAAUGA